AUGGUAGACCGCAUACCAUACCGGCGCCAACAUUUUCUACAAAUAGGCUUCUUCGUGUUGUACAUACUGGACGAGAUCGUUCAUUUCUUCUAUGGCGACACGGAGGAAGCCAACAUUCUGCACCAUCAAGGGCGCAGCGGCGGCGCUUGCGAGCGACGCCAUUCGGAAGUAAGCCCUGGUUACGGUGCAACCGAAGCGCGAUCGCUGUUGCACGCUGAGAAGCAACCGCCUUACAACCCGUCUUUUUAUCGAACCCAAAGCGACAGCGCUUUGUUCGAUCAACCGCCCUCCCAGCUGUGCCAUGUGGGGCACCAAGAGCCCUGCCAGUCGGUUUCCACGGCCAAUAUUGGCCUGUUGGCGGCGCUCUCGGUGCACGCCUUAAUCGAAGGGCUGGUUGUUGGUUUGGAAACGCGAUCGGAGAAAGUUUUGCUCCUUUUAGGGGCUAUAGCUUCGCAUAAAUUGGUGGUGGCUUUUUGUCUUGGUAUGGAAUUGGCGUCGAAUUCCUCUUACAGUUUUAUGAAACAUUUGUUGUGCAUUUUGAUAUUCUCUGCUGGAUCAGUAUUGGGUAUUGUAGUAGGUAUGAUGAUCUAUAGCAUACCAGGAGAAAUUAAAUAUAGCGUGAUACCAAUAUUACAAGCUCUAUCAGGUGGUACUCUUUUAUAUGUAACUGUAAGUGAAAUAAUUCCUCGCGAAAGGGCAAGAUGGCACCAGCAACACGAGAAGAAGGCCGCAGGAUUGGUACAAUUCUCUUCAGUUUUUCUUGGAUUUGCUAUGAUGACAUUAUUAAGUAACUAUUUAGAUUAUGACGCAUAA